ACGGACGCAUAAUUUCACUUUCGCUCUUAUGCUUUAGCUCGGCGAAGAGCAACAAUAACACACGGCGGGUUAUGGAGCAGUAAAUGACAGUAAAUGCGUAUUGAUCGUUUGAGGCGGUCUUACUUUCCUUCAGAAAAAGCCCGGUGAAUGACAUUCCAUCAGCGCUGUCUCCAGGUGUGGAUUUGACGGCAAGAAUGGCGAUCAAUAAGACUUAUAUAAGCGUGGGCUACUCGUGUGUUGGGAUGCUGGUGGGAUUUUCGGCGUUUCUAGUGUGGAACAUCGCUUACAAACAGCUGUGGACAGCUGCGAUGGGUGGAUUAUCAGGAGUUUUGGCACUAUGGGCUCUGGUCACACACAUAAUGUACCUUCAGGACUACUGGAGAACAUGGUUAAAGGGACUGAAGUUUUUCCUGGUUAUGGGUGUAAUUUUCUCUGUGUUGUCCAUCGUGGCGUUCAUCUCUUUCAUCUGUGUCGCCGUCUCCCGCAAAGAAUCCCUCACAGAUCCCACCAGUCUGUACCUGUCGUGUGUGUGGAGCUUCAUGAGUUUAAAGUGGGCGUUCCUGCUUUCCCUCUAUUCUCAUCGAUAUCGCAAAGAAUUUGCCCACAUCUCCAUCCUCAGUGACUUUUAAAUUUACACACAAUAACACACUCGUGCCCACAGACAAACAAGCAGCUGUUACCAUUUGAAAUGGACCAGGAACACUCAAUGAGGAGAGCCAGAAAGCUUUAGUCUUUUCAGUAUAUCAGUAGAAGACGUUAGUGCACCACUUCUCUCUCCUUUCUACUACUUGUCUGUCCAGGCAGUCUAUUGUGGAUCAUGUUAGAUUGAAGAGUUUGUUGAAGGAUGUCGUCAGUGAUUUUAAAUUUUGGACUUUUUAAUGUCUAUGAUCAAAAUCAACAUUUCUGAGCCUUUUCACUUUUCAGUAUGUAUGGUUUAUACUGUGCAUUUCUGAAUGAGGUAUUAAGAGGAGUCUUUUGUGUUUCUCCUUACUGCUGUUCUCUUGAAUGUUUUUCUGCAGUCUCACAAUGAUAUAUGGACAAGUGACAGGUUUUUGUUAAGCUGGUGUAUGUAACUAAAAGACCGUUUUUUCCUGCUAUUGCAUAGCAUUUAGGUAACUAUCUAUUGAUUUUUAAAUAAGCACUUUAUUGUCUAUAAAAUGUGGUAUAACCAAUCACAAACCCUGUUCCUGUGGGAAUCUUGAGGCUUUACUGGCGAGGGAUAUGUUAUGUGGAAAUUCUCUUUUUGUUUAUACUUUCAUGACCCCAAAGCAUUAGAAAACAACAUCCAGCACACAUUUGAAGAUUUAAAUGAUUUUUGUAGCAAUUUUUUUCCUCACAAGACAAACAUGGUUAGAGAUUUUAAGUUUUAUCAUCACAUGUCUGUCACCUGUUAUAUGGCUGAGUGUUGGUUAGUAUAAAUUCAUUCAGAUAAUACAGCAUGCAUUUGUCUUGUUAUAUUAAGUUGAACUUUUUUAUAUUUACACAAAAACAUUAUUAUACUGUUAGAAUGUGAUUUUUGCUUUUGCCUGACAUUUGAGGCACUUUUGCGAGCAUAGCCAUUAUUAGCCUUUGUAUUGUUAUGAAAUCAAUAACUUUAUGUAUUUGUAAGUUACCCAUUAAUA